AUGAAGACUGAAAAUCAGACUGUGAAUCCACAAUUUUAUUUCCAACCAUUUACAACCAUCCCAGAGAUGAAGUGGCUGAUCUUCUGGACUUUUCUGAUUCUCUACUUGCUCAGCCUAAUUGGGAAUGUGUCUGUUGCUUUCAUCAUUUACACUGUAAGCUCUCUCCAUACCCCAAUGUAUUUUUUCUUGGCUAACCUGGCAUUUCUGGAGAUCGCCUACUCUUGUACCAUUGCCCCCUUAACUUUGGCUAAUCUCGCUUCAGUGAGAAGGAUCUCCAUUUCUUUGAGUGGGUGUGGCACCCAACUUUUUUUGUUUAUCUUGCUGGGGGGCUCAGAUUGCAUCCUGCUGGCUAUCAUGGCUUAUGAUCGAUAUGUGGCAAUAUGCCGCCCACUAAGCUACCCUCUCAUUAUGACCUGGAGAAUGUGUAUGAGUCUUAUGGUUGGGACAUGGGCCAUGUGUGGGUUCUUGUCUUUCCAGUUGUGUCUCCUCAUACUGACUCUGACUUUUUGUGACAAUAAUAUGGCAAUCAGAAAUUUUUUCUGUGAUUUUCCUGCUCUAAUGAAAGUGGCAUGUGGAGACACCCAUGCCCAACAACUUGGCCUUUUUAUUACAA